AUGCUGACCGAUGCAAGCUUGAUCAACACCAUCAUACUGAAUGGAAUUGCCAACAUCAGAUACAAAUGUUACGUCCAAACAUGCGCCAAAUCCUCCUUAGUGUCAUUUCUCACUUGUGGGGGUUUCCAUGACAAUCCUUCUUACAUUGAUCCGCCAGAAUCACACAAUGCCAUCAUUGAUGCGUACAAACAUAUGCUCGCAUUAAAUAUUCCCGCUACUUGGCACAUUCUAUCAAGUCAAAAAACAGACAAAGAGACAGUUACGCUAGAGCUAUGGGUCUUUUGGUUUGACAACAAGCACACAAAAGUCAUCGAGACUGAUGCUCAACUCAAGGAGCUACAAGAGAGCAGAAACGGCUCCUUUAAUUGGAAUCAGAUUACAUCCGAGAACGGCCUGUCUCCUACAUCGUCACCUCAAUUGAAUCAGCCUCAACCAGAGAGUAUUACACUUGUGCCAGGAACAGAGUACAAGCUGUUCAUCAAGGCUAUCCGACACCUGAUUCAGCGAGCCAUGAUACACAACAAACAUGCCUUUGCAUUGGGUGAGUUUUUUGUGUUUCCAGAGACGUAUCAAGACGAGAGCAAUGUCAUGAAAGACGAAAUUGCCAACCACGGCAUGAUGUCUGUAAAAAACACUAUACUGGUCUGCAUGUACAAUGUGUACUUUACCACUUCCAACCUUGUAUUCCAGCCAAAUACCAGGCGAAUGAGACUUCGACCUUUAUCCAUAGCCGAUUUCUACACAAAACACUUGAAAGUCUUGCUAUGUCCCACUGGCGAACACGCACACAUCCUGUCCUUUCAUAGUCUCCCAACAGACAUGCAAUCCAAAGCGUUGCAUCAAUGGGCCGAGUUCUACGACAUGCCUGUAUCACUCUUGACACAAGCCAGAGACUGCAUACCAGCUCUCAUCACCAUUCGCACUGUAUCGCAAGGCACUGUGGUCUAUCCCUCUGCCCUGGUGUUUGUGCCAACGGAUACCAAGCAAUCUCCCGCUGCAGUGGCAGGCAUGAACGGUAUUAUGGGCCUCAACCAUGGGCUCACUGAAGAUUUGGGCGCCAAGGCAUCUCGUAUGGCGUACUAUGAGCGACUCAAACUCGACAACACACAAGCACAGGACGCAGCCAUUGAUUACUGGUCUUAUUGCAAUCCCAUUAUCCAUGUCGGCAAUGCUGUCUUUGAAGCGCUGUCCACCGUGGAUGCGAGAUACCAGCAAGAUCAACUGAUGUUACAUCGAGCGCUCGCGGAACCCAUUGUCGGCAGCCCCAUCAUGAACGCCAAAGGUGUCGUACCAACCAAUUACGACUCUCCUCUUCUCAUGUCAGGAUUGCACCUUAAAUCCAUCACACCACCAGACACAUCACCGGUUCCACAAGAACGCAGCAUGCAAUUGACAGAGUAUGUUAUGUCUCGCUUUGACGACGCAUCAGCAGAUGAUUCCAUGAUGGAUUUACUGCAAGAUCCAAGUGUUGCUGCUGCUACUAGCAACGAUAGCUUGGAUAUAGGUGGUGGGUCUCAUUUAUCUGCCUUGUUAAACAAAGCGCUCAUUAUUGAUUCUACAGAUCAUCUGCCCUUACCAGCCAGCAACAACAGCACUUCGAGCCAAGCACCUCUACAAGCACCACUGUUACAGCUACAACCAUCAUUGGCACCAACACAGGCAAAUACUCUCCCAAUCAAAGAUGAAACGCAAGCUUUGCAGCCGCCAUUAGAAGACUUCAGUCUGAUGUAUGACCUGGGAAGUGCUAGUCUGCACACUGCAGAUGAUUGGGACGCAGACGAUGGGUUUGAUGAUUUGGAUCUUGAUGUUACCGACGCUGAUUUCGACUUUUUCGAGACUCCUGCUGUUGCGGCAGCAGCCGCAUUACCAUCAACUGUGCCAGCAAGUGAGCUCAAUGUACUUCAGAUCAUGCCCAUGGACAUUGAUUCCCCAAAGACAGAUCAAGCAGUAGUACUGCCGCAGCCAGAGCCAUUAGGUCAAGAGAUGGUGGAUGUACAAGUGUCAGAAACAAAGCUCACGCCAAACAACAAUGACAGCCUAUUCACACCAUUUGUUGUCAGCCAUGACAGUACUGAAAAUGCGAGCACUGCUGCUGCUACCACAGCAAAUGAAACAUCGUACACGGCGACACCAAGGAUACAAGAGACUUUUAUACUUCAAAAGAGAGCGCCUUACCCGAAAUUCACUCCAGAGCCUUCUUCAUUUGUGCCUCGAGACUUUCUGCCUGUGCCUGUCAAAGCAAGUGUCAAUGACGCUAAAUACAGUGCUGGUGGCAAGUUCAUGUAUGAUCCAACAAAAGAGCAGGCCAAAGUAGAUAGCAAGGGCUUCACUGUAGCAAAGAAAUCGUUGUUCUACAAUCCUGAUUAUAUUCCCUUGAAGCCCAGAAAGAAGCCCACCAAGCCCAAGCAGCAAGAGUUGAAUGAAAUCAAGUCUGAUUCCUCUCUAAAGACACAAACCACAACCUCAUGGAACAAUCCUGAUCAAAACGAGAAUAGCAGUGGCAGUAGUAGUAGUAGUAGUAGUAGUAGUAGUAGUAGCAGUGAUAGCAGCAGUGAUAGCGACGAAAGCAGCAGCGGUAAUGGCAGUUUCGCAACGGAUGAUACUCAAGACAGCGACAUUGAAAGUGAGAGCGACAUUGACACGAUAGAUGACAGCACGAGCAACGAUGGUAUGAUAGAAAAGCGUUUAAAAGCACUGAAAAAAUUCCAAAAGAGCGUGAUUUACAGUCAACUCAAAGCGACACCAGCACCUUCACCCACAGAUCGACUGCAAUUUAUCGACUACGAUACCCCUUUUGCGCCUAUUCUAGCACAUGGGUCCAUCAAAUCCAUUAAAUGGAGGCACAGCAAAGUCAUGGAGGAAUCGCUUGCUUAUCUGUGUGAGCAAACGGUAUUAGGAGGCUACCCUUUGGCAGGUGGAUUAGCAGAAGUGUCAGAAAAUGGUGGAGAAAUUGAAGGAGAACCAGCGAAGGUGCUAGUAGCAAGACGAACCAAUCUCAUGCAAAUGACCCGUGGGGUUGUUACGCAUGUACCGUCAUUGCAAGCGGAUGUAUUUAAUAUGACCAACGAGUUCAAAAGCAUACUACAAGACAUAUUUAUCGGCACAGCAGUGGAUGAGCAGAGUGAUAUGGAUUUAGUCGACACAACGACAGUAGACGCACUGGAGCCUGUGGCUUUUCCAAAUAGCCCUUUAAUGGGAAAGAUUGGCAUUAAGGGCCCUUUGAACAUUCAAGAGUACUAUGAUUUGAACGAGUCGCAUAAUCAAGGACAUUCGAAAUAUGGAAAGUACCAGGUCAAAAAACGAAGACCAGAUGAGCCCAAUCUCGACAUCAUCAAGCAGCCUGAUAUUGUCGUAUCCAGGCAUGAGGAUAACAUUGAAGGGUCCUCCACCAUGAUACCGUUUUGGGAGAAGCUAGGUUUAGAUCCAUACUCUGCAAAGAAGCAAGUCAAGUAUCUUGUAGUCUAUCCCAACAAUAGUGCUAUUGAAAACUCGGUGUGCCACUUUUUUAAAGGGCUAGGCAAUGUCUAUGAAGCGUGCCAUCUGGGAAGACAUGAGCCUGGACAUACGGGACCAUUCGUCAAUGGAUUAGUGCCUGUGUCCGUAAGUGACUUGGACAGCAAUGAAAGCAGUGUUAGGCAAAGGCUAAAGAGCUAUGAAGAGACAUGCGAGGCUGUAGGCCGCUAUCUUGCUAUGGACGAAGAGCAGCAAAAGCAGCAGCAUUACACUCACCAUUAUUACACUGUGAUCUACAUUGUCAAUCCAGGCCCUCACAUGUCGUCCUAUUUAGACAUGUGUCGUUGCUUUUACAAACUCAAAGAGACCUAUUCAAGAAUAGCGUACAAGAAUUUUACAGACCAACAGCCGAGAAUCGCUCUUCAAUUGAUGCCUAUUGAUCAUAUACUACGGCCCUCUGCGUUUGGCGGAUAUACCAUGUUGGGCAUGAAGGACAUUGCGUUUUCUGUGUACUGCAAAUGCUUUACUCGAGUGGUCCGAAAGAUUACAAGGCCAAAUCAAGAGUCUUGGACAGAUGUAUAUGCGCCUGCUUUCGUAUUGACAAAACCACUACAAAGAACCAUCAAGUUUAAACUGAAUGAUAUAAGGCCAUUUCCUACCAUCAUGGAGCAAAAUGCAGUGCUUCAUAUGGCUUAUUGCUUCAGUUACGAUCGUGCUUGGAUGUCGGUUGUUUGGGUGGAUGAUCGUGGAGAGCUGCUGGAAUACGAUUUAUUCAGUCGAAAAACAGCCUUCAAGGAAGCAUGGCAGCGAACGUUGGAGAUUGCAAAACGCACUGCAUUUCCCUGGACAAUCGUGGUUACAAAACUAGGGCUCAUGUUCAACGAUGAAUUGCUCUACUGGCUUCGCUAUAUAUCUGCAGUCAUCGAGCACCGUGUCACGAUUGUUGCCAUGGAUGCGGAAUCAGGGCUCAACCUUCACUUCAAUGCCUGCUAUCCCAACCGAGACUCUGCUGCUGCACAACACACUUCGCAGCAGCCCUCCUUCUUGGACGCACCUGGCAAAACACAUGCAGCAGUGGCAGGUGGAAUAAACUAUGCAAAAGAGCAGCAAAGCAAGCAUCAUCGAUCCAACAGCGCUACAUCCACAGCCGUCAAUGAAGCACAAAUUCUACUGUUGAACCAUCGCAUCAGCUACUCUCAGAAGCGAGAAAGAGCUUAUAAGGGCAUCUUGCGACCCGAAGCCAUCACCGAGAAGGAGAACUGGAUGACCCCGCUGGCAACAGGUUACUUGAUCCACCACUCUUUGCCCAAUAAGAAUGUGAACCCUUGCAUGGAGCAAUUUAAUAACGAAGCGUUUGUUGCAGAGAUCCAUUUAUUGUACAAUCGAACCGAUGUAUCCGCGUAUAGCACACUGCAAGACAUCAUCAAGCGUCUCUAUGCAUUGUCGUUUAUCAAUCCUAUUCCAUCGAGUCAUACUUGCAUGCCAUACCAUGUUGUAUUGGCCGAGAGACUGAGUCGUGUGUUGCUCGUGAUUGACAAUUCGAUCAAGUAG